AUGUUGUCCUCCCACCUCCCACUGCAUCCAAUUACAAAUCGACAACAAAUUUACACCGCCUCAAUUCUUUACCUACUUCCUUCACCGCCUUCAUUUUGCUUCCCGCUUCCGUCUCUAACACCAGACACAAAUCCAGUUUCUUCCUCACUUAUCUCCACCGCUUCACCUUCAAUCAGAAACAAUCGUCACCCUCCAACUCCAUUGCUCACUGAUGCUUAUCGAUUGUCAGCUUCAACAGACCACCAUCGAUUUCUCCACUUUAGUUCGAGAGGGACUACUCUUGGUCGUUCGACGACGUUGGUUGUCGGUGGCGCUGGCUGGAGGCGUUGUGGUCUUCAGAUAGAGGACCAACACCUAAAGCCUUUCUUAAUGGUAGUCAAAGAGGAUAAAAACCCUGGACAUGAUGCUGAUGAGGAUAAGAGUAUAGCUUCUGGUCGCUCGUCCGUUUCAGAUCCUGGAGGUGAUUCUAGCAUUAAAAGGGUAAAAGUUGAGCAAGAAGUAGAAUCAGAUGUUAUUGAUGAACCACAAUCAGUAGAAAAGAGUACAGAGGGUGUAGAGCAACCAAUGGAUGCUACAUCUACAGAUAUGGCUGCAAGUACAUCCAACACAUCUUCUGUUCCAAAACCUGAAAAAUCUGACUAUGACGAGCUUCCAAAAGAAAUGCACGAAAUGAAAAUCAAGGAAGAUAAAUCCGAAGACAAGGAAAUUGAAGCUACUGUUGUCAAUGGAAAUGGAACUGAAAAGGGUCAAGUAAUAGUGACUACUGUUGGUGGUCGAAAUGGACAACCAAAACAGACUUUGUCUUACAUGGCUGAGCGUGUGGUUGGCACUGGUUCCUUUGGAGUUGUUUUUGAGGCCAAAUGCCUUGAAACCGGAGAGUCUGUUGCUAUAAAGAAGGUGCUGCAGGAUAAAAGAUACAAAAACAGAGAACUUCAAAUUAUGCGAUUACUUGAUCAUCCAAAUGUUGUUCCUUUGAAAAAUUGUUUUUAUUCAACAACCGAAAAGAACGAAGUGUACCUCAAUGUAGUUUUGGAAUAUGUCCCUGAAACAGUGUAUCGUGUGUCAAGACAUUACAGCAGGAUGACACAUCAGAUACCUCUUAUAUACGUACAAUUGUACACGUAUCAAAUUUGUCGGGCACUUAAUUAUAUACACUGUGUGAUUGGUGUAUGUCAUCGUGAUAUUAAGCCGCAAAAUCUAUUGGUGAAUCCACAUACUCAUCAACUUAAGUUAUGUGAUUUCGGGAGUGCAAAGAUGUUGGUGCCUGGUGAACCAAAUAUUUCUUAUAUCUGUUCAAGAUACUAUCGGGCUCCUGAAUUAAUCUUUGGAGCAACAGAAUACACAAAUGCAAUUGACAUGUGGUCUGUUGGUUGUGUUUUGGCCGAGUUACUACUAGGGCAUCCUCUUUUUCCUGGUGAAAGUGGUGUAGAUCAGCUGGUAGAGAUUAUCAAGAUUUUGGGAACACCAACGAGAGAGGAGAUCAAGUGUAUGAAUCCUCAUUACACAGAAUUCAAGUUUCCACAGAUUAAAGCUCAUCCAUGGCAUAAGAUAUUUCACAAGCGAAUGCCACCCGAAGCAGUUGACCUUGUCUCACGCCUACUCCAAUACUCACCAAAACUUCGAUGUAGCGCUUUGGAGGCAUGUGCCCACCCGUUUUUUGAUGAUUUGAGAGAGCAAAGCACAACCUUACCAAAUGGCAAACCCCUUCCUCCACUAUUCAAUUUUACACCACAAGAGCUUGCUCAUGCAUCUCCGGAAUUGCUUCAACGCCUUGUACCCAAAACCAAACACGUGGAAAAAUGAAGAAAGUUUUCAAAAUGCAAGGACUCAUUACAAAAAUGGAGGGUUGCUUGGUUGGUUACUGAAAUAUGUUAAUGUAUUUGGUAGUUAUUAUACGUAUAGGUAUGGUUUUUUAAUACAAUGUAGCUAAGUUUUCCGUUUGGGCUUAUACACUUUUAAUGUAUACUCUUUUGCUCGGGUUUUUUUUUCAAUCUUUUUUGCCUAUGAAAUGAGUC